UAUCCAUCAUUCUCAACCACUCAUUUUCACACUAUCCAUUUUCUCUCUUGGCCAGCUCUUUCACUUCACUUCUUUUCUUUCUUUUUUUCAUUCUCUCAUACGCUCCUCUCUACUCUCAUCUUCUCCACUGGCACUUCCACACCACCACCACCAUUUCCACCAUCAUUUUCCGGCAAGAUAACCGGAAAAUUUUUGGGAACCCAUAAACAUCUUCACAUCAUUUUUUUGAGGUUCUAACUAAUCUCCUUGAAGCUCGGAAAAUUAGGAUUUUGCGGUUGCGAGUUUGGGGCGUGACAUCAUGCGAAAGGGAAUUCCAACUCAAACCCAAUAAUUCCACCCGACACUUCUUACCACAUUGGCACAACUAAUACAUGAGAGUCCUCGACUGCAGCACUUCCCAGGCACUUGAAAUCAGCUCUUCACUCUAAAAAAUGUGGACCCACUAAGCACCUAGAAUUUGGAAAUCUGUGGACUUAUUUUUUAUUGUAAAAGAGCAAUACUACAAAUAUAAGAAAUUUUAAAAUAUUUUCAAGAUUUUACUUGUUCUUCUUACUUGGACUGACUACUAACAUUAUUUUUUAAACUACCAUUAACAAUUUGCCUUCUCAGCUGGGUGUCAAAACAUUUUAUAAAAUAUUUGUGUGUCUACAAACUUUCUCUCGUAGAAGGAUUUAUUUAGUUAGAAUAUUAACUUGCAUGUUCCAAUUAUUCACCUAUAUUUAGUAACCGACCCUUUUUCCACUUGCCAACCCAACUCAGUCAAUAUUCUUCAAUUCAAAACAACUCUUUUUUCUCUAUUAUCUCUCUCUAUUUCCCUCCAAAAUGAGCAGAAGAGAUGCACCCACCUCUCCCUCCAAUGACAAGGAUCAAUCAUCCACCAUCCCCCAAGAAUUCAAUCAACCCAUCCGGAACAACACUGAAGCUUUGUAUCUCAUCGAGUCCACCCUUUCCCAGCCCCCGAACUCCGAGGCUGCCCGCGCCUCUGUACUCUCUAAAUUAGCCGAAUACGACCUUGAUUCAGUCCGUGAAGCCAUUAGCUAUGCACGCCAGAAAGUCUUCGUGGACGAAGAAAACACCACCGACCCUGUCGAAGGAGAUGACUCGGACUUUCCCAAAGAGUAUCAAAUUGAAAUCCUCAGAAAGCGACGCAGAACCCUCAAAGCGCAAAGGGAGAAUCUCAUCUUUGAUAAAUAUUUGGCAUGCAUAAAGAAUAAGAUUCAAGAACUACAAGGCAGAAAGAAAGAGAUUGAAAAGAGAGCUAUUACAGCGAGGAAGAACUUCGAAACACCAGACUAUGAUAAAAGAAAGCUCAAGAAACACGAGUUGAACGUUGCCGGCACGGUAACUACACGAGUCAAGGCUUAUUGGAAAGACUCCAUGAGUAUGGAGCUAAAGAAAGAGUUGUUGAGGAUACGAAUAGAAGACCUUAUACUGCAUUUAGAUAAGAAUAUUAAAUCAUCGAACCUCGUAGAAACGGUGAUGGACACGGUGGAGUAUGUGAAGGUUGCAAAGAAGUGGAAGUUUUCAAUGUGUUGUUGUUGUGGCCUGAGGUUUUUCGAUGCCAAAUUGAAUGUGGAGCAUAUAAAGCGUGCCCAUUUAGGGUCUUUAUCUAAGAAGUUACUAUCCAUCACGCAAGAAGUAUUUGAUUUGGACCACAACGCCAUUGAAUUCGGCGAAAGGAGACCCGCCAAGAAAAUAACGGAAGAAGAUAUGUCAAGAAGAGUGUUUGAGUUCUUGGAUUAUCUCAACAAUUUGUACGGGAUACAGAGUGUUUCAAACGAUGAGGCUGUAGGCGAGCCUUGUGUUGCAAAUUAUGAAAAGAUUGUUUUCAAUGAGGACUUCUCUUGCGUAGUCUUCGACAAGAGAAUGUUGAGGGGAGAGCUUGUAGUGCCGAAUGACGGAGCUGCUGUUACUUCUAGUUUUGUUGAAGAAAUCAAAUUAAAUGAUGAAGAAAUCGUAUCAAAAGAUGCUAUUGUGGAUUGGUUAUUGAAGGACGGUACUAAUGUUGGGGAGCAAUUAAAGCAAUGGGCAAAUUUUAGAGAAAUUAGUAAAAGUCAAGCGAUGAAGUUUUUCAAGAUCUAUCGAGCUGAAUUUCACCUGAUACAGAGCAUUUGUAAGAAAAAAUUUGAGUGUUUGAGAGACAUUAUGCUGUGGCAGAAUUUAGAGAGUAUAUGUGUUAAAGAAGAUAAGAGAAGAGAAGAGUUUGCAGGGGACAAACCAUUGAGUUACAUGUCUCUCUUGUUAAAGAGACAGAGGGAGAUUAAGAGCACAAAUGGUUAUAAUUUUGAGUCAGAUAUGAUAUUCGAUAUUUUGGGAGAAGAACAAGUUGAGGACAAUGAAAUAAGAUUCGUGAUCAUGAAUCAGAUUAAUAAGAUGGCUGAAAAGCUUUACAAAUUUGAUGCUAUUGUCAGGACGGCUACCAUUGCAAUGCAGCAGACUGGGAAGAAAAUUGAGUCAGUAACUGCUUAUGACUACCGAUCAUAUAUGGUGCCCCUGCUGAAGUCAUUCAUGCGGGCACGCCUGGAGGAUCUGGCUUACAACGAUGCUGAAGAGAAGUCUAAGGCUGCAACAGAAGCAUUGUUGUCAGAACUUGAUCUUAGUGACAAGAAGGGCCCUGAUAAAGGAGGUGGUAGGGCAAGACAAAGACAGGGAAAAUCCAAGGAUAAAAAGAAGAAAAAGGAUCACAGAAAGGCAAAGGAACAAAAGGCAAUUGGAUGUGGCAAGGAGCAGCAGGAAAAUGUGGUGCAAAUUUUCUUUACGGGUGCACAAGGCAGAGAUGAUCCUCCUAAUCCUGAGAUUGUUGGUCCUGUACCCAUUGUUGAGUUGGAGCAAGAGGGAUGGAAACUUACGCUUGAACAGGAGAGGGAGCAAAGAAUGCUUGAAGAGCAUUUGCAGUACCAGAGGCAGAUUGAGAAUGGUGCCAAACAAAAGCACCUUGCUGAGCUAAAUAAAGCUGGAAGCAGUGCAGGAAAUAUGGAAAAAAUGUGCCUUAGGCGCAUCAACUUUGAUGACUUUAACUGGAAAUAUUUUUAUCAAGCUCAGGGUGUCAAAUCGGAUGAGAAAUGAAGCAAAUUUGAAGAGUAGCACCCCAGAGAACUUGUCUGACUAGACCCAAUUAGAAGUAAUAAAUUGUCUUUAAUGAAACACCAUCAAUAUUGGAAGAAAGGAUCUUGAUGCAUGUGAUUAAUCUUAGUUGGAAUUGUCCCCUUUCAAUCUUAGUUUGCAUCCUGUUCAGUGCUCUAACACCCUUGCAACUGGCAGCAGACACUAAAGAGAACCCUAUAAUGGAGGUCGGAAAUUUAUGACAGAAUAGGACAA